CGCCCCCGCGCCGGCGCCCCGCCCUCCGCCCUGUGGAGCCGCCGGCGCUUGUUGUUCAGCGGCGGCGGCCGAGCUCGGGUGCAUCCUCGGGCCGCCGCCGCCGCAGCGCUCGGCCAUGGAGCUGGAGGUGCCGGACGAGGCGGAGAGCGCCGAGGCGGGGGCCGUGACGGCGGAGGCGGCCUGGUCUGCGGAGAGCGGGGCGGAAGCAGGUAUGACCCAGAAGAAAGCUGUCCUUGCAGAGGCCCCCUCGGUGACAGGGCAGCCGGGCCCUGGCCACGGGAAGAAGCUGGGCCAUCGAGGUGUGGAUGCUUCUGGAGAGACCACGUAUAAGAAGACCACCUCGUCCACCCUGAAGGGUGCCAUCCAGCUGGGGAUUGGGUACACAGUGGGCAACCUCAGCUCUAAGCCAGAGCGUGACGUGCUCAUGCAGGACUUCUACGUGGUAGAGAGCAUCUUCUUUCCCAGCGAAGGGAGCAACCUCACCCCCGCCCACCACUUCCAGGAUUUCCGUUUCAAGACCUACGCACCUGUUGCCUUCCGUUACUUCCGCGAGCUCUUUGGCAUCCGGCCGGACGAUUACUUGUACUCCCUCUGCAAUGAGCCGCUGAUUGAGCUGUCCAACCCCGGUGCCAGCGGCUCCGUCUUCUACGUCACCAGCGACGACGAAUUUAUCAUCAAGACAGUCAUGCACAAGGAGGCGGAGUUCCUGCAGAAGCUGCUGCCUGGCUACUACAUGAACCUCAACCAGAACCCGCGCACGCUGCUGCCCAAAUUCUACGGGCUGUAUUGUGUGCAGUCUGGCGGCAAGAACAUCCGUGUGGUGGUCAUGAACAACGUGCUGCCCCGGGUCGUUAAAAUGCACCUCAAGUUCGACCUGAAGGGCUCUACGUACAAGCGGAGAGCGAGCAAGAAGGAGAAGGAGAAGAGCCUGCCCACCUACAAGGACCUGGACUUCAUACAGGACAUGCCCGAAGGGCUGCUGCUGGAUGCCGACACCUUCGGCGCCCUGGUCAAGACGCUGCAGCGGGACUGCCUGGUGCUAGAGAGCUUCAAGAUCAUGGACUACAGCCUCCUGCUGGGCGUGCACAACAUUGAUCAGCAGGAGCGGGAGCGCCAGGCCGAAGGUGCCCGGAGCACAGCCGACGAGAAGCGGCCGGUGGCACAGAAGGCCCUGUACUCCACUGCUAUGGAGUCCAUCCAAGGUGGCGCUGCCCGUGGGGAGGCCAUCGAGACGGAUGACACGAUGGGCGGAAUCCCGGCUGUGAAUGGGCGCGGGGAGCGGCUGCUACUGCACAUUGGAAUCAUCGACAUCCUGCAGUCCUACAGGUUCAUCAAGAAGUUAGAACACACCUGGAAAGCCCUUGUCCACGAUGGGGACACCGUCUCGGUCCACCGGCCCAGCUUCUACGCCGAGCGUUUCUUCAAGUUCAUGAGUAGCACCGUCUUCCGGAAGAGUUCAUCCCUGAAGUCCUCUCCAUCCAAGAAAGGGCGCGGCGCCCUGCUGGCCGUCAAACCCCUGGGGCCCACGGCCGCUUUCUCAGCUAGCCAGAUCCCCAGCGAGAGAGAAGACGCACAGUAUGACCUGCGGGGGGCCCGCAGCUACCCCACACUGGAAGAUGAAGGCCGGCCCGACCUCCUGCCCUGCACCCCACCUUCCUUUGAAGAAGCUACCACGGCCUCCAUCGCCACCACCCUGUCAUCCACCUCCCUCUCCAUCCCAGAGCGCUCCCCUUCAGAGACGUCAGAGCAGCCCCGGUACAGGCGGCGCACACAGUCUUCAGGCCAGGAUGGCCGGCCCCAGGAGGAGCCCCACGUGGAGGACCUACAGAAGAUAACGGUGCAGGUGGAGCCAGUGUGCGGUGUGGGGAUCGUGGUCCCCAAGGAGCAGGGUGCAGGAGCGGAGGUUCCCCCAUCUGGGGCAUCAGCUGCAGCCACUGUGGAAGUGGACGCUGCCAGCCAGGCCUCCGAGCCCGCCAGCCAGGCAUCGGAUGAGGAGGACGCGCCCUCCACAGACAUCUAUUUUUUCGCCCAUGGGAGAUACUGGCUUUUCUCUCCCCGUCGCCACCACCUGCGGGCCGCGACACCGAGCCACACAGGCACUCCCACCGACGAGAGGAGCUGGGUGUACUCCCCGCUUCACUAUAGCGCGCGGCCCGCCUCCGACCGCGAGAGUGACACAUAACUUCUAUGCAGUCCCCAGUCUGGAGCCCAGGGUCCUGCCACCCCAGCCACUUCCUGGAGGCGCU